AACCACACUGCUGGCACGACCUGACGAUCGCAACAUGGAAGCAUCGGAUUCCUCCAAUCUGUUCAGAUCGGAAGCUGAGCUGGUGCUACAGGAAUCACGCAAGCAGAAAGCAGAAAGAAUCAAGACCCUCGGGUCACCCAUAGAAACACCUGGGAAGGCUCUCGGAAUUGAAAUACGCGGCAAUGCCGCAUGGAUUGCAGAGAACACUGGAAUCGCCCGGGUACUCGACCUCGAGACAGGCAAGACCCUGCACUUAUUCCGAGGACACUCGGCACCAGUGACAUGUCUAGCAUUCUUUACUGGUCAAUUUACCUCUGGAUCUGGAGAUGUCAUGGUUACUGGCUCAUGGGAUAAGACCAUCAAAUUGUGGAACACCGACACGAAGGAGUUGAUUUCCUCGACCGCGGCACAUUCGGACUUCGUCAAAGCGGUGUUAACGAUACCUUCUCUGCGAUUGCUAGUGUCGAGCGGCUCCGACCAGAUCGUCAGGUUAUGGGAUCUAUCCACGUACCAUGACGGCAAGCCGCUGCAAUCCGUCGGAUCCAUCUCUGCACACACGCGUCCCGUAGAAGCGUUGGCCUUCCGCACCGUCUCCGACAAAUCCAUCGUGUUGUACACCGCGGAUACAAUGGGACUCAUCAGGGUUUGGGAUGUGUCCAAGGAAAACAACUCGGAUCGUUGGCAAAUCACGGAGCAAGAGAUGUUCGACUAUCACCGCACGGGAAUCAAUGAGUUGUUGUAUGGGCAGGGCCAGCUCUGGACAGCAUCCACGGAUGAGACGGUGCAGAUUCACCCACACCCCGCGCCGGCGAAACCUCUGAAGCUGGCUCCACCCAUAACGCACCCGACUGCGGUCAAGGCGUUCCUCCCCCUCUCCCUGACUUUCCUCGCAGAGCCAUACUUGCUCACCGGAGCAGGCGGCGUCAUCCGAGUAUAUGACGUCUCCACGCUCGAAGAGCCAGAGCUCAUUCGCGAGCUCGACGCACACUGGCACGAUCUGACAGCGUUACGCCUGUGGAUGCGGACGUCGCCGGUCGAGGGCACCGCAGGACAGCUCAAGGUUGAACCCUGGAUCGUGAGCACCAGUCUUGACGGAACGAUCAGGAAAUGGAGAUUGAGCGAGUUACUGAAUCCUGCUCCACCGGCGCCCGUAGUGGCUACCCCCGAACCUGAGCUGGAAAAGACGUCUAGCACGGCGGCCCCACCUACCUUCCAGAUGUCAGAAGAGGAGGAGCGUGAACUUGCAGAGCUCAUGGAAGAGGAUUGAUUUGCGGCAUCUAGCACACCACGUCCAAUCGAUGCCCACAGUGCUUCGUGAUAUCCUAGAUUUCUACAAGCUUAGAGAAAAGCCGGAACCCAGUGUACAAUAUACUGAUGUCCACCAUGUCUGAACGGAGCUUUGUGGUGGCUCCCAGAUUACAGCUUUGCUUGUGCUAUGACUUGGUCGACGCUCAUCAGGCUCGUCGCCCUCUGGAGGCUUGUUGCAGCCGUCGAAACCAUUUCAUCAACAAUCGCUUUCGCUGGCUUGACGUCCUAAGAUCACGCACUUCAGCAUCCGAGACGCGUGAUAGUUGACGACACUCACCUUGAUCGAUGCAGCUACUUUG